AUUAUGCGGGUGCUGCUGCUCCCCAGCUCUGCACCAGGUGCUGGGAGCAGCUCCAUGCUCGGGAGGAUCCUUCACACCACGGGCAGGCCGUGCACCAAAGCCUCCCCCCUCAGGAGUUUUGCUCGCUACCAAGGAGGAUUCCAGGAGAAGGCAUCUCAGCCGGGCUCCACCCGGCAUGGCCAGAUGGCCCUGAGGAACGUGGCUUCUUCGGAUGCCAUCCAGAAGCACCGGAAGAGCCUGUCAGACUGGUUCAGCCACCAGCCCAGUGAGGAGAGGCAGUUCGGCCCGUCCUUCUCGCUGGACACCGUCCACGUGGACCCGGUCAUUCGGGAGAGCUCCCUGGAGGAGAUCCUGAAGCCCUCGCCCGAGCUGACCAUCGUGAACCAGCUCCAGUCCCCCUGCAGCCGGACCAUCGGCCUCCAGAACCUCUUCGAUGCGGACGCCUGCGGGCAGCGGGUGAAGAACGUGGUGCUCUACGGCAUGGUGGGCACGGGGAAGAGCACCCUAAUCAAGAAGAUGGUGGUGGACUGGUGCCACGGGCGCCUGCCCCGCUUUGAGCUGGUCCUCCCCUUCUCCUGCGAGGACCUGUCCCAGAGCCACGCACCCGUCUCGCUGCAGCGCCUCAUCACCAAAAAGUACCUGCACCUCAAGGACGUGGUGCCGCUGCUGGGCUCCACCAACCUCCGGGUGCUCGUCGUCCUUACCGGCCUGGAGCGGCUCAAUUUGGACUUCCGUCUGGCCGGCACGGAGCUGUGCUGUGACCCCCAUGAGCCCGUGCCUCCCUCCGCCAUAGUGGUCAACCUGCUGAGGAAAUACAUGCUGCCAGAGGCCAGCAUCGUCGUCACCACGCGUCCCUCCGCCGUGGGCCACAUCCCCAGCAAGUACGUGGGCCGCUACGCCGAGGUCUGUGGCUUCUCCGACACCAACCUCCAGAAGCUGUACUUCCAGAUGCGCCUGAGCCAACCCGGGUGCGACAGCAGCGGGAACAGCGGCCAUGCCGAGAGCAACUUGGCCGAGCAGGACAAUCUGGUGGAGAUGCUCUCAAGGAACCUGGAGCGCCACAACCAGAUCGCGGCGGCUUGCUUCCUGCCCUCUUACUGCUGGCUGGUCUGCACCACCCUGAACUUCCUCUACUUCACCAAGUCGGUGCCUCCACCGCAGACCCUGACAGGCAUCUACACCAGCUUCCUGCGGCUCAACUUCAGCGGAGAGGUCCUGGACAGCACCGACCCCACCAACAUCUCCAUGAUGAAAUACGUGGCCAAGACGGUGGGCAAGCUGGCCCACGCGGGGGUGAUGUCCCGCCAGACCUGCUUCUCUGAGGAAGACCUGCGGAAGUGCUUCGAAGUGGAGAUGAGGACCGAGAGUGAGCUCAACCUCCUCAAUAUUUUCCGCAGCGAUGUCUUCCGCUUCUUCCUCACGCCCUGCGUCCAGCCGGGCAAGGAGCACACCUUCGUCUUCACCAUCCCCGCCAUGCAGGAGUACCUGGCGGCCCUCUACGUGGUGUUGGGUGAGAAGAAGACCCUGGCGCAGCGGGUGGGGAAGGAGGUGUCCGAGGUCAUCAGCAAGGUAGGUGAGGACGUAGCACUGGUGCUAAGCGUCGUCUCCAAAAUCCUGCCCCUGCGCAUCUUGCCUCUGCUCUUCAGCCUCCUCAAGAUCUUCCCUCGCUUCUUCAGCCGGCUCAGUGGCAAGGACCGCGACACCAUUGCCCACACUGUAGCUGUGGAGAUGUUCAAGGAGGAGGACUCCUUCAAUGAUGACGUGCUAGACCAGAUCAACUCCAGCAUCUUGGGGAUGGAGGGCCCCUUGAGCCACCCCGACGAGGCCCCGGAUGACGAAGUCUUUGAGCUCUUCCCCAUCUUCAUGGGAGGGCUCCUGUCACGCCGCAACCGGGCCAUCCUAGAGCAGCUGGGCUGCUCCAUCCAGAACUUGGCGGCCUUUGAGAUCGCCAACGCCAUGAAGAAGACCGUGAUCAGGAACAGCCACAAAUGGCUGCCCUCAUCGGAGCUGAUGGACUACUUCGUCUUCCUGCAUGAGUUCCAGAAUGAUCGCUUCACGGCCGAGGCCAUCCGCUCCCUCAAGGCCAUCAACCUCUCCUCCGUCAAGAUGACCCCGCUCAAAUGCUCCAUCCUGGCCUCCGUCAUGGGCACCACCAGCCAUGAGGUAGAGGAGCUGAAUCUGGCCUCCUGCCACCUCGACCUCAACAGCCUGAGGAUUCUUUUCCCUGUCCUGUUACGGUGCCGGACGCUCCAUUUGCAGCUCAACAGCCUAGGCCCUGAAGCCUGCAAGGAGAUCCGGGACCUGCUCCUGCAUGACAAGUGUGUGGUGAGCACCCUGCGGCUCUCGGACAACCCCGUGACUGAGCAGGGAGCCAAAUACUUGGCUGAGGCCAUUGCAGGCAAUCGCUCCCUGACGCACCUGUCCCUGCUGCACACCUCCCUGGGGAACCAGGGCGUGGAGGUGAUCACUCGGCAUCUGGCCCAAAACCAGCACCUCAAGGAGCUCAACGUGGGCUACAAUUCGGUGACGGACGAGGCCGCCCUGGCGCUGGCGGAGGUGGCCAAGAGGCAUGCGACGUUGAAGGAAGUGCACCUGUAUUUCAACGACAUCAGCGAGGAGGGCAAGCAGGCCCUGCAUGCGCUGCGCAGGGACCGCGACGGUGUCCAGGUGCUGGUGUUCCUCACGGCGGGCACCGACGUCUCCGACGACUGGGCCCUCAUCCUGAGCGUGGUGCAGAAGAACCUGCCCAUCUGGGACCGCGAGCGGGUCCAGCAGCACCUCGCCCGGCUGCUGCAGGACCUGGAGUGCAGCCGCCGGCAGACCGGCAACCCCUGGAAGAAAGCCAAGUUCCUGCGGGUGGAGAGCCAAGUCAAGAAGAUGCUGGUUAAAAUCCAGCAGGGGACCCACUAGCGCCCCCCUUGCCUCUCCCGGGGGCCUCGCGUCCCAGCAGGAGGGGUGGGUAUAGGGGGGGGGGAGUGCUGGAGGGGGUCACUCCGAACCAUUUCCCCCACAGCAGCGUUUGCUUGGGUGGCUGGGAACACUGGGGAGAAGACGUUGGGGACUCUGCGGGGAGCAGAUGGUUACUUGCGGCUCUACAGAGUCGGGGGGGGGG